AGCAGAGGAAGAACACCGGACAGAAGCACACAAUGCAGUUUGACUGCUACGGGUUAUCCACCCAGACUUCACGUAUGUCUGAGCUUCCCAAAGAACAUGAAGAAAACCAUUUAUCGUAUUUUGACGAUCGGGCCGAAAAGUAAGCUUUCGUAAGUCCAUUUCCACGUUACGCUUGAGAGAAAUCCAGCUCCUGCUGCCGAGACCGGCGAAAUCUCCAGUCUUCACCGCUCAGAGUGAAUCACACAGCGGGCCGCGGAAGGAGGUGCCCGGCCUGCGCUGACGGGUCUGCGCUCAACAUCCGUGACGGUACAACUCCAGCCCGAGGCUUCGGGGCCCGUUGUAUAUUAUUAUCGUUUUAAAUGGAGGCUCGGGCGAAAGCAGAAGCCAGAGGAAAAUUGACCUCUGUACAGUUCAAUUGAUGAACGUGACAAUGUCUUGACUGAAAGGAAGUAACUGGAAUAUCUUGUAGCAUUCAUAAUCGGUGUGUUUUUGGAUUAAACAGGUCCGGCGAUGCCCAGACAUGACUGUGCUCAGACUGCAGUGUGCUCACACCGUAAAGCCUCCAAUUAACUCUAUUAUAUUAUAAGACAGGAAUAGAAAACAACAUUUUCAUCUGAGAUCUGGUCCAGGGGGCAUUGUUUUUUUUGGGUUUUUUUUUUUACUUUGUGCUAGUUAUAAACUAUCCCAGGCCGGACCAGGGUGUGUUAUCUUAUUAAGUGCCUUUUGAACGGUGCAUUGACAUGGACGGUCCCAGUCGAAGCGGAGGGUUCAGGCAGAGCCGUCGCUCCCGCUCCCAGCGCGACAGAGAGCGGCGGCGGAGGAGAGCGGAUCUCGCUGAACACAGGGCCUCGUCGCCAUCCUCGGCCUCGGAUCAAGAACUCUGCAGAAGAGACUCCCUGCUCGGUGCUAACGGAGCAGUAUGCAGACCAGGCUUCCCCGGGGUCCGACACCGGCCUCCACGUCGGAGGAAGCGAGAAUCGGUGUCCUGCGAGGAGGACAUCAUCGAUGGAUUCGCCAUAGCCAGCUUCAUAAGCCUGGAGGCGUUGGAGAUGGACAGUUCUUUAAAGCCAGCAGAACAAUCUGGUUUGUUAAUGGGUAGAGGAAUCAAAAGGAAGAGAGGCCUAGAUGAAAACGGAAGGCCUCUGUCAGAGCCGGAGGAAGGACCUCCUGCAACGUACACCAACAGUUGGGAGCAGCGCAGGAAAAUCAAAUCUAAACUGAAGAGAAAAGGAGACACAAAGGUGUCAGGGAAUCACAUGGAGACAGGAUACAUUUGUGAUACAGAGAGUGAGUCAGGGGGCAAGGCUACUGACAAUAUGGAGCCUGCAUUUAUCGUGUGCACAAGGGAAGCAGUUAACUCAAACAUGGCAAGCUCUACUGUAGGCAAUGGUUGCCCUCUCUUGCCCUCAAAUAGCUCUUUACCCCUUCUCUCAGUCACACCUUGGGUCUCUGGCCUGGAGAGGAGUCAGGAGAAGAGUAUGGAGCAGCCUUACCCUGAGCCCAUUUCUACCUCAUCCUCACUCCCUAGCCUGACGGCACAUUCCACUGCAUCCAUCUCCACCUCACUUCCUGGUCAGCGUAAUGGAAAUGGCGGUCCCCAUCAUCACCAUGGUCCUAGCCCACCACAGCACAAACACAAGCCUUUUCUCCCAUUCCCUGGAAAGUCACAAUCGAUCUUUGCAGUGGGCAGCAACAACAGGAGCAGUACUUCAGGCAAGCCUCCAUCUUUAUCUGCCUCUUCAUUAUCAAUCAGACCACCUACUCCUGCUAAAAGUGUAUCCCUUGGUCGAGGCCCAGGGGGCAUUGGGACUGUAAGACCGUCGUCUCGACCAAGUCCCGGUGCAGUCUUUACACCGUCUCCUAGCCUCCCUCCACCACCUCCUCUUCUGCAGGUUUCACCACACACUUCGACAGAUCAGGAUGUGAUCUGUCAAGAUUUGCCAGAAUCCAGUGCACCUGGAGGACCGUCCGUGUCAGGUUCAAGUUCUGGGACCUCCAGUAGAUCCUCGCAGGCCCAGAACUCAAUCCCCACAAUGGCCUACCAGUUCCAUCAGCACAAUCACCAGCACCAGCACACUCAUACUCACCAACACUUCUUGCAUCACACCGCAGCAGCAGCACCACUGUUUGAUAAGUAUCCAGGCAAGAUAGAGGGUCUGUUUCGACACCCCUUUUUUCCUCAGUACCCACCAUCUGUGCCUGGAAUACAGCCUGUUCUUCCACCCACUGGACCUUUCAGUUCAUUGCAGGGAGCUUUUCAGCCUAAGCUUGUUGCCCUUCAGGGGGCUGCUUCUGAGAUGAAUCCUGGUUUGGGAGUUGUACCUCCCCAUCUGCAACCUAAAGCUACAAGGCUUACAGACCCAUUUGCACCACCACCGAAAGUCAGUAAUCAGAAACCUGGAAAAUGGUGUGCUAUGCAUGUCCGUGUGGCCUGGAUGAUUCUAAGGCAUCAAGAGAAAGUCAAGCUUAUGCAGGCUGAUCCUCAAAAGCUGGACUUCCGUAAUGACCUGCUGCCACGACUCCCUGGCCCUGGUAUUGGAGGACUAGGAGGUCUAGGGCCACUUGGUCCCCUUCCACCAACUCAUGAUCUUACAAGACCAGGAAGCCUGUUCGUAGCCACUGGUGGAGUCAAUCCGUCCUCCACACCAUUCAUGCCUCCAUCAACGCCCCACUCCUCUUUCCUCACCCCAGCUGCACAUCUGGACCCAUAUGGUCGUUCACCCCCCUUCUCUUCUCUGGGAGCCUUGGGUUCUGGUGCCUUUGGGGGCUUAGGCAGCCCCACAAUAGCUGCAAGUGCGGUUGGAGGUUUAGGUAACCCCCAUGAUCCAUGGAAUCGUCUGCAUGUUACCCCUCCUUUUUUCCCCUCUGGAUCCUCUUGGGUUAAAGGACCUGAGAAAAGAGAUGAUAGAGGAAAGGACAUGGAGAGAAGAGAGCUGACUCAUAUAAAAGAUGAAAAGGACAGAGACAGUCUCUUGUAUGGACGCCAGCCUGUGCGAAUGUCACCUGGUGUCCCAACCCUCAAGCACCGCAGCAGCACCCCUAGUUCACAUAUGAAUGGCUUGGGCUCACUAAGCGGAGGUGGGGUGCAGUCUGAUAACCAAAGUAGAGAGCGUGAGCGAGAAAGAGAGGCAGACAAGAGACAACAUUCUGCAUCUAGGGCACCAGCGUCAGCUUCCUCUGCAGCACCGGACAGACCUCGAUCUUCAACAUCGUCUGUUCUCACAACUUCUCCUGGUGCACCCUUAGCACAUUCUCCUCUGGAUAUUUUUCACCGGCAGCCACCACACACUCUUAGCACAGAAUCUUCACAAAGAGAGAACAAUGGUCCAGCCUCUUCUUCCUCCUCUGCUAGUUCACUUCCAGUCAAGAAACCUGAUCGGACCACAACUCCGGUAUCCAAAUCUGCACUUUGCCUAACCUCUGGGAUGCUCCUACCCCAAGUCAAGGUCAAAGAAGAACGUAAAGAGGAGCCCGAGCCAGUGCCCAUCUCCUUAUCACAUCAUGCUGUACCUCCACACAGCUUUGAGCAGCCCAGUAGUCGACAUCACCACCAUCCAUCCACCCCAUCCUCAACUCACUCAUUGACUCCUACACCUGGCGUGCCUCUUCCUCCACCAACUCCACAUCCUCCCCAUCAUCAUACUCUAUCCCUCUUAGAUCGUUCACGAGCUAUUGAUGCCUAUCUAGGGGGUUCUGGAAGUUCAGCUGGACUGGUAAUAGGUUCUGCAGCUGACCGGUUCCCACCACAUCCACAUGCUCCUCCUCAAGGUCAUUCCCAAGCCACUCACAACUUUCCAUGGGACCCUUGGAGGGACCUGGCUGCCCAACAACAGCAUCAACGCAGGGAUGUAUUGGCCUUAAGGUCAGAUCCCCACUUUGCACUUCGCUCUGAUCCACACUUGUCUCGACUGUUCCAGCAACAGCAGGUUCAGCGCUAUUUGGAGGCAGAAAGAGCGGCAGUUGCAGCAGCUGUGGCAAACAGCCCACACCAUACACAAGUACCUACCUCUAUGUCCUCUGCUAAUUCCUCAGCAACCAGACCAGAGUUUGGUUUGAUGUCCCAUCCAUUCGAUGAGGAACAACGUGCUCAUAUACUGCGGGAAGACUUUGAGAGAGCACGGUACUUUGGGAUGCACCCACAUCCACACCUAUCCACACACCACCUUCCUAGCCCAUCUCAUGCUGCUCACCUAGAACAGCUUCAUGCAGGGCUACUUGGUCACUCUCAUCUUCAUCAAGGCGGAGCCUCCACACCAUCACAUCAUUCUGGCCUCUAUGCUAGACUGGGACCUCUGAAUUCACAUUCACAUGUACCUAAUGGCAUUUUAACCAAGACCCCAGGUCUAGUUGGGGCAUUGUCAGUUGGGGCUCCACCUCCUCUCAUUCCAUCUGUGAACAGAUCCUCUACUCCAAACCGUGGCUCCAGACUUGGUGGGCCAGGAGACAUGGCCCUUUUCACCACACAUAAAGAUGGGGAGUCCAGAUAGUACUGAAUUAUUGUGCUGAAACCACACCUUACAUGGCAGAGUUCUACAGGACACUCAGACAGCACUGUUACAGUGACCAUAAACAAGUGUUGAAUCCACCUGACUUUCCAGGGCUGUUUGAUAUAUUUAUCCACUGUGGUUAUGUUGGUACAGUUAAGGUACUCCCUUGCUGUGCCCUGGUUUGUAUUAGGGUUUUCUUUACAAAAAGGCCUGUGAUGUUCAAAGACUAUUCAUUACUACUACUAAUUUGAAGACAGUGAGAUGGAUCCAGAAUUGUGUACAGUGACACCGUUAUCUGUUUUACACUUGCCGUGCAGAAUAUGUUUCUCCAACUGAAAUCAAGGAAAGCCUACUUUAGAGUUACGGUCUUGAGCUUAGCAUUUGAAGAAAGAGAAAUCGGACCCUGACUGAAAUAGUCAAGUACUUCUCUGAUUGUCUGAAUCAGCACUGUUGGGAAAUAUUUGAAUUUAAAGAUACAUGCUGUCCACAUUCUGCUUUAAAUAUUAAAGUCAAACAUCAGACAACUUCCAUGAACAUCAAUUGAACUUAAGAUUUAUUUUUUUCUUUAGAAAAGUUAUUAUGAACUGUACAUCUUGUUGGAUAAUAUUUUAAAAUUCAAAGGGAAAGAACUGUCUCCCAUUCAUUAGUCAGGCUUGGCAUAAGAGCUGGGCCAGAAUAUAGUAGAAUAGUGAUAUUUCUUUUGUAAUAAUUAUUGUUAACAUGAAAUACCUUCCAUAAUAAAUAUAUUCACUGUUUAUGUUAUAAUGUCAUGUUUCAGGUCUCACCAAAUGCACUCCCAUGUUUAAAUGAGUCAGUGAUGAUUACAGUCCAGCAAAGAACUACAGUGAUAUUGCUCUGAUCCGAUAUAUUGGUUGUGUUGAUAUCAAUGUACUAAGGAUGUAACAAAGCCAGCCUCAACAGUGCAUAGAACUGAAUAUAUUUAUACUUUGGGAGAGGUGUGUGUGUUAUUUUUGUUUGAUCAAGGUUGAAGCUGGUGGAUGUCUCCAGAAAAACAAACAUCAUACAGACAAACUCAGAAUGACAUGGGUCCUCUAUCUACUGGACAAAAGAAGUGCUCAUCUUGUAACUGCAGCUAAACUACAGGAUUAAAGGACUCUUAAAUAGAGAUACAGGACAUUCUGGAUUAAUUGUUUGAGCAAAACCAAUUUUAUACAUUUUAAAUAUGCCCCCUCCCCCUGCAAAGAUAACCACAAAGAUGAAUUAAACAAAUGGUUGGUUAUUUACAUGUGUGUUAUUGUAUUGAUUCAUUGUGUAUAGCUGCUCACACAUGAGUAUCUAUAAUAUAAAAGUUUAUUACUGCCACAUCACAAAGUUGAGUCAAGUUUUGAUGGUAUAGUCUAUGCUUUUCAUAUUUCAUUUUACUUCCACGUUCAUAAAACUAACAUCUAUUAUUAAUAUAAUUUAAACUAUAAGACUGCUCAAAG